GCGGCCUUGAGCCCGUUGUGCGGCCUUGCUUUGCAGAUGUACGAGUGACCCAGUGCGGCAACUCGGGUUGACCAAGCUAGACUGACGUCACCCAACAGCCUCUGUAAUCGAAAGAGACGGUAAUCCUUCUCUGCUGCAAAGCCUUGCAGUCGGUGGGGAGGAAAAGGGAAACAUCCAGAGACACAGAAAGAGAGAGAGAGAGAGAGAACCAGAAGGAAGGAAAGUUGGACACGGGAGAGAGGGCAGCACAUGUGGGCAGAUGGGACGACAAAUUGACCUGGACCAGAGUAGCAAAGGGCUAUCGUGACCGACCAAGCAAGACCACUCACUCAACCCCACCCUGAUCUUCCAUUGAGCUCCUGGUAUUCCCAAAAGGUUUGGAAGCCCAACUUCUUCCAGGCUUCGCUCUGGAGGCCACAGGCUCCUGUGAGAGGACAGCAGGGGGGGAAUGCUGUGGGAGCUGCAUACCCCCUCUUGCACUCCCUCAGGUGUCGCCUUUGCUCACCGUGGAGGAGCCAAGCUUCACGACUGUGGAACUGUGCCAAGAAGGACAAGACAUGCACCUGACUGCUAAGGAAGGGGGUAUGGAGGAGAUGAGUGGCCAUGACCCAAACUGUGAAGAUAUGCAGAAGAAGGACCAAAGACUGCCAUUCCAGAUCUUCCCUGACCCGGUGGAGAUUGUCCUGGGCCCGGAGGCUUCUCUGAACAGUCCGAACCGGGACAAGGAGCGUCUCCCCUCCAUCGUGGUGGAGCCCACAGAAGUGAGCGAGGUGGAGAGCGGCGAGCUGCGCUGGCCUCCUGAGAACAUCGAGGCAGAAGAUGAUGAGGAGGACCUGUUCCUGGAGCAGUGUUUCCCCCCAGCCAACAUCGCCGACUGGGGAGACGAAGAGGAGGAGGAGGAGACGUCAAUAAUACUGCAGCAGCAGCCAGGCCUGACACUCCUUGAUCUUCAGUCUGAUGCAUUCAGAGACGACACCCCGACACUUCCUCCCAACAGUGCCCCCACCUUCAACUGAGCUCAUCACCUCUGCUUACCCUGUGAAGAAACAUGCCGAAAAGAACUGUUGCAAUAACUGUUAGGAUGAAAAAAACAAAAAAAAACACUACAUAGCAGUAAACACGUCAAAAAUAAGUGUUAUAUUUAAAAAGAAGUAGCAGAAACCAACAUGGCAACCGGGACAUUUUGGGCCAGUGUUGUAAUCACUUAUUUGGACAUUUUCUGAUCCAGGAACAGGAUCGCACAAGCUGCAUAAAUGUCCAGAUUUAGAAUAAAAUUACUUCAGGGCCACAUUUUGCUGACAUAGGUUUUUGUUUCAUUUAAUUUUUCAUGAUCCACAUUCUCAAAGUUUCCACCACCCACGAAAAAAAAAAAAAAAAAAAAAAAAAACCUGACGCUGCAACACUGUUUUAUUCAAGUUCUACUCCUUUUGCUUUCAUGUGUGGGUAGUUUUGCUGAAACAUUGAUAUGCUUAUUCCUUCAGUAUAUAGUCUGUAGUAAAUCAAUGUAAAACUAGGUACACGCAAAUGGCCCAAAUAACUAUGAACUGUACAGGACUUUGAGGUCUGUUUUUCUUUAUAAAAGGCAGAUUUACUUAGAGCAGCAAAAAAAAAAAAUAAAAAAAAAAAACAACCCAAAAAAACAACAACAGGUUAAGCUCUGAAAUUAUUUGUAUAUAUGGAAAACAUGGAUAAAUAUACAUUAUUGUUUUAAAUACUUAACAAUAAAGUAUUUGUUCUCCUAUGUCAAA